AUGCCCAGCCGGUCUGAGGCCACGAUUUCGGAUAUGACUACCCAGGUUUCUCACAGUGUUGACCCUGUGCUACAGACGGAGCACCAACACCACCACGCGCAUCAUCACCACACGGCCUUUGCCGAGCAAGGACACGAGGAUGAGGUGGUUUACUCCAACGACGUAUUCAUGGAGAAAGGCAUCGUGCCCGAGCCGAGCCCUUUGGAUCACACUAGCAAAACCCAGCAUUCAAGUGAUGAGGAGGCGGGAGACUCGCAACCAGCGACGCGACCAUGGCAUCGGCGCAUCACUAAACACUGGCGCCCGAUUGCGCAUGCCAUUGUUUGGUUGUUGUUCACCGGCUGGUGGAUCGCUAGCUUGGUUCUACAUCGGCAUGAUAAGAACUGGAUCAUUCCUUUCCUGCUCUACCUCGCCAUUACGCUGCGCAUCAUCUUCUUCUAUGUUCCCAUUUCCUUUUUGACGAAGCCUAUGUACUUCAUCUGGUCUCAUACUGCGCGACGGGUUGUUAGUAUCAUCCCCGAGAAGCUAAGAUUACCAGCAGGUGGCCUUGUAACCAUCGCUACCAUCUUAAUCGGCUCUUUCGCAUCCCCCACUACCGCGACAAACAACCGCGCAGAUCGUGCCGUCAGCCUGUUUGGCUUGGCCGUCUUCCUGUUCAUCCUAUACCUCACCUCGAGGGACCGCAAGAAGAUCGUUUGGCACACCGUGAUCGUCGGUAUGCUCGUUCAAUUCUUAGUUGCACUCUUCGUCCUCCGCAGCGGAGCAGGCUAUGACAUCUUCAACUUCGUCGCUACUCUCGCACGUGAGCUUCUAAGCUUCGCCGCCGACGGAGUCGAGUUCCUGACUGCCGACGCUUUCUAUGAAAUGACCAGCCCUAUCGAGCCCAGCACCUGGUUCCUCGUCAGCACCCUCCCGGCAAUCAUCUUCUUCGUGUCCGUCGUCCAGCUCUUCUACUACAUCGGCGUCCUCCAAUGGUUCGUCGUCAAGUUCGCCAAGUUCUUCUUCUGGAGCAUGCGAGUCUCUGGUGCUGAGGCGGUCGUCGCCGCUGCAUCCCCCUUCAUCGGCCAGGGCGAGUCAGCUAUGCUCAUCCGUCCUUUCGUCCCCCAUCUCACAAUGGCCGAAUUACACCAGGUCAUGACCUCCGGCUUCGCUACCAUCGCGGGUAGUGUCCUCAUUGCCUACAUCGCAAUGGGCGUCAGCUCCCAAGCUCUCGUCUCCUCCUGUGUGAUGAGUAUCCCUGCCUCGCUGGCUUGCUCGAAGCUCCGCUGGCCCGAAGAGGAAGAGAGUCUGACUAGGGGUCAGGUCGUUGUGCCAGAUAACGAGGAACACAAGGCUUCGAACGCGCUGCACGCGUUCGCAAACGGUGCCUGGCUGGGUCUUAAGAUUGCCGCCAUGAUGGGCGCCACUCUUCUCUGUAUCAUCUCGCUCAUCGGUCUCGCUAAUGGCCUGCUUACCUGGUGGGGCCGCUACUUGAAUAUCGAUAACCCACCUUUGACCCUCCAGCUGGUCCUCGGCUAUAUCUGCUACCCGGUUGCGUUCUUGCUCGGUGUCACCCGUGAUAACGAUGACCUGCUCAAGGUCGGUCAACUGAUUGGCCUGAAAAUUAUCUCCAACGAGUUCGUCGCUUACAAAGACCUCCAAAGUGAGGCUUACAGCAGCCUCUCUGAGCGCUCUCGUCUCAUUGUUACCUAUGCUCUUUGUGGAUUCGCCAACAUCGGCUCGCUGGGUAACCAAAUUGGUGUCCUUUCGCAAAUCUCGUCUGGGCGCAGUGGAGAUAUCUCACGUGUAGCUUUUAGUGCCAUGGUCACCGGUGCUCUGAGUACCUUCACCAGUGCAGCUAUCGCGGGUAUGCUCAUUACCAAUGAGCAAGCGUACAUUAGCUAG